AUGUCAUCAACAGAAAAAAAAUCACUUUUAGUAUCGAUUAAUCCAGUUUUUGCUGAUAUCGAUUUGAUUAAUCAUUUUCGAGAUGCUUAUACAAAUCGAUUACCGAUUGAUGAAAAAGUUAUGACAUUGGCACACGAACCAUUCUCUCAUUGUGUCAUCGAUGAUUUCAUUCUCGAUAAAAAUGUUGAUCAAUUCUGUAGUCAGCUAAGCAAUGAACUCAGUAAUAUCAAAAUGAAUCAAAAAAAUAAUGAUUUAUAUAAAUUUCAACAGUCGGAUGAUUUGGCUAAUGUGACAUUACCAGCAAUUCAACAGAUCAAGCAAUUUGUCUAUGUAGAUUUCAAGGAUUGGCUUGCACAAGCAACUGAUAUUCGUUUAAGUGAUAAAGUUGAUAUGACAUGUUCGAAAUAUGGAUACUCAGAUUAUCUUUUAUGCCAUGAUGAUGAUAUACACGGCACGAUUGAAGGUCGUCGUAUUGCUUUUAUUUACUAUCUUGUACCUGAAACUUGGAAGGUAUCAGAUGGUGGAGCAUUAGAUCUAUUUGUUACCGAUGAUGAAAAUCAACCACAUCAAAUCGUGAAAUCAUUAUUACCAAAGCGAAAUCGUUUAGCUUUCUUUGAAGUUACUGAUAAAUCUUAUCAUCAGGUAGCAGAAGUUUUGAAUGACAAACAAGGUGCUCGUUUAUCAAUCAAUGGUUGGCUUCAUGGUCCGAUUAAUCCACGACCAGCACCCAUUUUUGAAUCAUUACCUGCAACGAAACCAGCAUCAAAAUUUCAACAGAAUGAUUUAGAGCGUAUUAAUCAAACAAUAUCAUCGAUGUAUCUCAAAGUUGAAACUCAAUACGAUGUUCAAAUGGCCUUCCAAGAAAAUUCCGAAACAAAACUAUCAGAAUUCUUUCGAAAAGAUUAUUUUCAAGCGAUGAUCAAUGAAUUAAAAGGUGAUACCAUCCAAUGGAUACGACGUGGUCCUUACAAUAAACGAAACUAUGAUGUUGCUGAUGUUACUUCUUUGCCAUCGGCACUGAAAACACUCGUUGAGCUUUUUGGUUCUGAACCAAUGUUCACUAUUCUUGGAUCACUUACUGGUUUAACAUCAGAAAAUGAUGAUGACGAUGAUGAUGAGGAAGAAGAAAAAGUAUAUGAACCUUCACCUAAGAAAACUAAAUCGAAUACUACCGUUGAUACGGCUGCUUCGUCAAAAUCUUCUACAUCUGUACCUCGAUGGUAUUUUGAAUUACGAAGAUGGAAACAUACAUAUUAUAGUUUAUCGUAUGACACAGAUAAUAAUGAAGAAAAUAAUAAUUUUAAUGAUGAUGAUGAUGACGACGAAGAAGAAAAGGAUGGAACACUUGAUAUUAUGCUUUUCUUGAAUUAUCAAUCAGAUGACAUUGAUGAAACAGAAGGUGGCGGUGAUAUUGUCUACACAAUUAAGAAUGAAGAUGAAACACUAUUACGUGUGAUUCCUGAUAAUAAUAGUCUCAAUUUGAUCUACCGUGAAGAUGAUAAUGUGCUAAAAUUCAAUAAAUAUAUCAAUCAUCGACAUGCAAAUAACACCUUCUAUGAAUUUUGUGCAUCUUAUCUUGAUUUAGAUAAACUUAAAAUCGAUUGA